UGGUCAGCUGUACGUCAGUCAUUCACUGCGCAGGCGAGACACCAGGUCAUUUCAGUACAGCGGGCUGUCUCAGGUCAUACGGUUGGAAGUGAAAGUACAGUUGUCGCUAAAAUGGCUUGCCGAAUUCUCCUCCGAACUUGCAAAACUAUACAAUUAGUCAGACUUAAUGUUCCGAUGAGACUGCCACAACGGGCGCUGGCCACAGGAACGGGAAUACCAACAGAUGAUGAGCAGGCGGCCGGUCUGGAGAGGCGCAUUUUGCAGGCGCUAAAGAAGGGAAAGGACCCUUACAGCAUCCUGAAACCAAAACAGUAUGCUGGUACAAAAGAGGACCCUCACAUUGUCCCCGGCGUAGGAGAGAAGCGUAUGGUCGGCUGUCUUUGUGAGGAGGACAACACGGCCAUCGUGUGGUUCUGGCUCCACAAGGGGAACCCUGAGCGCUGUCCCUCCUGUGGCUCCCACUAUAAGCUGAUCCCCCAUGAGCUGCCUCAUUAGCAGGUGUCCGAGCUCCGACUACUACUUCCUGGACCACACUAGCCCGAGGGACACUCCCUACUCUGACGGUGUCCAUUGUAAAAGAAUGUGCACAUACAGAGUACUUCUUUACUUGUAAUGCUACACAGGGACGUCUUUAUGGUCAUUUAUGUCGUUAGGCCUCUGCGUAUUGAAACAUUUGUGUUCUUACAAAGACAGUUAUAUCUGCCUCUGUAUUAACAGUAAAUAAAAUGAAUAUUACAAUU